CGUGGUCUCCGUGCAUUUAACCAAGGGUACAAGGACCAAAAACAGCCAUCUCACAGCUUUCACAAAUUCUAAACUUGGAGACCACCAGUUCACAAUAUACCUCUCUCUUCUCUUCUCUUCUUCUGGCUCUCCAUAGUUGUAUCUCCCUCGAACUCUCAAGACUAACCCACGUUCCCUCCAUGGCGGCUGGACCAUUCGCCGCUCCAGUCUUCAAGCCCUUCCGUUUUAUCAAUGCCUCCAAUCUCCUUCGGCUCCCUAAUAAGCCCAUACCCGCCUCACUCUUCCCAAUCCCUUCUUCAACUCUCGGUAAUGGAAGGAAAACUAGAUUCGCUAUCUGUUUUGUUCUCGAAGAAUCAAAACAGAGUAUCCAGGUCGAUAAUCGCAUAGCGGAAGAGCUCGAGGAAGUAAACUACCAGAUCUUGACACCUCGUGUCACGGAGAGGCUUGCGAGGAAGAGAUCAGAGAGGUUUACCUAUUUGGUUGCUGCUGUGAUGUCUAGUUUUGGGAUUACUUCCAUGGCUGUUAUGGCUUGUUACUACAGAUUUUAUUGGCAAAUGGAGGGUGGAGAUGUGCCUUUGGUCGAAUUGUUUGGUACAUUUUCUCUAUCAGUUGGUGCUGCUGUGGGUAUGGAGUUCUGGGCAAGAUGGGCUCAUAGAGCUCUCUGGCAUGCUUCUUUGUGGCAUAUGCACGAGUCUCACCAUCGACCCAGAGAAGGUCCGUUUGAGCUAAAUGAUGUGUUUGCAAUUAUUAAUGCAAUUCCAGCUAUUGGCCUUCUCUCCUAUGGCUUCUUCAACAAAGGCCUGUUCCCCGGCCUUUGUUUCGGUGCUGGUCUUGGAAUUACAGUGUUUGGGAUGGCCUACAUGUUUGUCCACGACGGUCUUGUUCACAAGAGAUUCCCAGUGGGUCCGAUUGCCAACGUGCCCUAUUUCAGAAAGGUCGCUGCUGCCCACCAGCUCCAUCACUCGGAUAAAUUUAAUGGUGUUCCAUAUGGGUUGUUCCUGGGACCUAAGGAACUUGAAGAAGUUGGAGGGCUUGAAGAAUUGGAGAAGGCGAUAGAUAGGAGAAUAAAAUCGUAUAAUGGCUAAAGAUAUUUUGAAUGUAGAAAAAAAAAAAAAUAGUGAUCCAAUGAAAAGAGUGUUUUUGUGUGUUGAUUGUAAAUGUAGAGCCUAAAAUUCCAAUUUGGUGAUGGUUGGGGUUGUCAAUUUUUCAUUUUAUGUGGCAACGUUUCCAAUUUUUCACUGUGUUUUGGCCCUCAAAUCAUAAAGUAGUACCUUUUUUGACACAAACUUGUAAAUGUGUACGUGUGGUUGUACAAAUAUUAUAAAUUCAAUGUACGCAAUAAUAGAAAAAAAAAAUGGGAAAAUAGGUUUUUCGUUA